AAAAGUUUUGACCUAAGAGAGAAAUACCCCAAAGCUGGAGAGGAGUAACAGAGGGACACAUGUUUUACUCUGCAGCAUUUUACAGGUUGUUUCUCAUGGCACCCAAACCCCACCGCUUCCCCCAAGUUGCAGAUACUGUAUUGCAAAGCCCACCGAAGCGGGCCAGGACAAUGGCCACUGAAUCUUCCAUCAAAGAUGCUUUCGCCAAUUACACUGACUACCUCAAUCUACUUAAUGAAAAACGGGAAAGGGUGGUAAAAGCAAGUCGAGAUAUCACCAUUAAUAGCAAAAAGGUCAUAUUUCAAGUGCACAGAAUCAGUAAAAACAACAAAGAUGAAGUUCUGGAUAAGGCAGUAAAGGAUCUUGCAUCUGUGACUGAGCAGCAUGUAUCCCGACUUGUAAAAGAACUGCAAGGGACUGAUUUUUGGAAGCUAAGACGAGCAUACUCUCCUGGGGUGCAAGAAUAUGUUGAAGCUGCUACACUAUGUAAUUUCUGCAAAAAUGGGACUCUUUUGAUUCUUGAUGAGAUAAAUGCUACUCUGUUACCUCUCAGUGAUCCAUCUCAUCAACCUUUGCAGAUUAAUAUCCUUGACUAUCUAUUGGGGCUUGCAGACUUGACCGGAGAACUGAUGAGGUUGGCAAUUGGUCGAAUAUCAGAUGGUGAACUUGAAUAUGCAGAGAAGAUAUGCGGGUUUGUUCGAGAUAUCUAUAGGGAGCUGACCCUGCUUGCCCCACAUAUGGAUGACAAUACAGAUAUGAAGACAAAGAUGGAUACAAUGCUACAAAGCGUUAUGAAAAUAGAAAAUGCUUGCUUUAGUGUCCAUGUGAGGGGAUCAGAGUAUGUUCAACUGCCCGGAUCCAGUGAUCCCAGUUACCUUUUAUUGGGGAUGCCUGACCACGAAAUAUGAAGUAAUUUCAGCAUCUCCUAGAGCAUUGCUUUUAAGGUGCUCAUAACAAGCAUGCAAGAGAUUCUGGUACAUUUUUUGGAGGAAAGCAUCAAGCCCAUGUAAAAUUUUGUAAAACAGUUGCAGGAAUUGGUGAAAAGAAUAUAUAUAUAGCAAAUGUUUAGCUUAAAAUAGUAAGGCUGCCUCUUGAAGAGGGCAUAUUGAACCAAAGUGAUAUUGAUUUGAGAUUUCCUUUUUCAUUGAAUUUGAAAGCUGGCCUAGUAAUUUCCA